AUCCUCUCAGUCAUCGCAGCAACAUGGUCUCGCUAGAUCUCAGAAAGGUUCACCCCUCGUUUGAGCCCAAGUUUGCUCACUUUCCAUCUCGUCGAUCGACAGUGUUCUCGGCCAAGGGAGCUGUAGCCACGAGUCAACCUCUAGCAUGCCAAGCAGGUAUCGAGAUCUUGAAGAAGGGAGGCAAUGCAGCCGACGCUGCUGUCGCCACUGCCGCAGCGAUGAACGUCUGUGAGCCAAGCUGCACCGGCAUCGGUGGAGACAUCUUUUGCUUGUUUUUCGAUGCAAAGACCAAGACGGUGAGAGGUAUAAAUGGCUCCGGAAAGGCUCCUCAGGCACUCUCGGUCGAGCAUCUACGGUCCCAAGGCAUCAAGGGAAAUUCGAUCCCGUACGACAACCUCAACUCGGUAACGGUGCCUUGCGCCGCUGCGGGAUGGCUCAAAACUGUCGAAGAGUUUGGAUCGGGCAACUUGACCAUGAGAGAAAUUCUCGAUCCUGCUAUUCGCAUGGCGCGCGAGGGAGUUCCAGAGCACGAGUUUAGCGCUCGAGGGUAUCAACGGUCAGAGAAACUCAUCAAGAAUGCUUCGCCGAAUUGGCACGAGAUGAUGAUGCCCGAUGGAAACCCUCCCCUGGAAUCAAACAUCAUGACACACGCAGAGCUUGCCGACACGUUCGAAGCCGUUGCCAAGCACGGACAUGACGGCUACUACAAGGGACGCAUAGCUCAAGCCAUUGUUGAUCUCGUACAAUCCAAAGGAGGUGUCAUGACCAUGGAAGACCUCGCCUCCUGCGAGGCGCAAGUUAUCGAGCCAAUCAAGUAUGAUUUUCGAGUCGGAAUGGCAGGUGAUGAGGGAGUCACUCUCUGGGAAUGUCCACCUAACGGCCAAGGCCUGACUGCCCUUGUUGCCUUGGGUAUCGUUGAGGCGUACGAGGAGAAGCACGGAGUGGAUAUUUUGAGCUUGGAGUACAAUUCCGCGGACUAUCUUCACAUCCUCAUCGAGGCACUUAGACUGGCGUUUGCAGCUCAGUAUUACAUUACCGAUCCCGAUGUUGAAGAAAUGCCAACGAACGAGCUUCUGAGCAAGCCAUAUCUAGCCAAGCGAGCUGGCUUAAUAGAUCCCAAAAAGGCCAUCCGAGUCGAACACGGGAACCCCAUGCACUCGUCCGAUACCAUUUACCUAUCCACCGCCGACAAGGACGGCAAUGCCUGCUCCUUUAUCGCUUCCAACUAUGCUGGCUUUGGCACUGGGGCUAUUCCUGCUGGAUGCGGCUUCACUCUUCAAAACCGUGGCAGUGGGUUCGUACUGGAAGAGGGCCAUCCCAACUGCCUCAAGGGCGGUAAAAGACCCUACCACACGAUUAUCCCAGGCAUGGUGACUCAAAAUGGCGAGCUAUUGAUGAGCUUUGGUGUGAUGGGAGGUUUCAUGCAGCCACAAGGUCACCUUCAAGUCCUCUUAAACAAGCUCAGAGGCUUUUCGUCCCAAUCUGCUCUCGAUGCACCCCGAUUCUGUAUCUCUGCUGGUCUACCCGACAAUACCACAAAAGGAGCGUCCAACGCUGGUGAUAUGGAUUCCGAAAUCUGGAUCGAAGAGGGCAUCUCGGACGAGGUCAUUCAACAGCUCACAGCCAUGGGCCACCGCUGCGAACGAGCAUCAGACUAUGCUCGAUUCACUAUGGGUCGAGGACAGAUCAUCCAAGCUGUCAGAGACCCCUCAGGUCGAAACGUGUGGGCUUGCGGAUCCGAUCUCCGAGGAGAUGGAUGUGCCGUGGGAGAGAUCUGAGUGCCAUGAUGCAUACAACACGG